UUAUUGCUAGUAGUUGCCAUUUUUGUUCUGUAUUUGAACCUCCACACAAUAUCCCAAUCUCAGAAGUGAUUGAAUUUUAAUUCCUUUCCUGUGGAACACCAUGUUUUCGAAGCGAAACCUCAUGAAAACAAUUCGGCGUGUUCUUCUAGGGUGUUGCGGCCUUUUCAAACGUAAGAACAGAAGGCUUGACAUUUCUGCUCCGUUCAAUUUUCAACAUCGAGUCCACACAGUAUUCCUUGAAGGAGAUGGUAAAUUUGUGGGACUACCUGUGCAGUGGAGCCCCUUCAUGGAACAGCCAGUGAAAGAAGAACCAGACAGAGCAGAUCCUUCAUCUGUCACACCCCUUCUCAGGCCUUGGUGUUGCAUCACCCAUGGCAGCACAAAGAAGAUGAGGCUGGAGAUUUCUAAACCCUGCAAUUUCCAGCACAGCGUGCACAUGGAGUUUGAUCCUGAACAUCAUAUCUAUACAGGACUGCCGCUGCAGUGGCGCAGCUUAGAGGCAGAGAUAGCAAAGCAGGCCAAAGCAGACCCACCAUCCAGCACAACCUCACAACUUGCUGCCUUGAAGCCAUGUAGGGCAUCCUGUGAAGACACCAGGGCUGCUCUGCAGCUUGUCUGCAGCCUCGGUGACCCUCGGGAAUUCCUGACAGAUUUUGUGCGGCUGGGAGAAGGGGCAACAGCCAUAGUGGAACGAGCCACAGUCACGGACACAGAAAAAAGAGUGGCCAUCAAAAGAAUGGCCAUAACCCAACAAAAGAGGCCUGAGCUACUUUUGAAUGAGGUUGCGAUGGGGAAUUACGAGCAUGAAAAUAUAGUUGUGAUGUACAACCCUCCCUACCUGGUUGGAGACGAGCUGUGGGUUUUGAUGGAGCUCUUAGAAGGUGGGGCCUUAACGGAAAUUGUAACUCACAUGAGAAUGAAUGAAGAACAAAUAGGGCAUGGUGUGCUUAUCCGUCCUGAGGGCUCUGUGUUAUUUACACCAGCAAGGGAUUGUCCACAGAGAUGUCAAGAGUGACUCCAUCCUCCUCACAAGUGAUGGCAGGGUAAGAUAUUAAGAUUUUCCUUGCCAUUGGUGAAAGCCCACAAUAAAAUCUGAUCACCAGCUGUGGACAUCAGCCUCUGAGGACAGCUUUCCUGGAGAUACUGCUUCCUCUACUCUCUGAACUUCUCAACUUGGUGUCUCUGCAGCCUCCCCUUGGCACAUGCAUUAGGAAGAAGGACAUCAUGAGCUAUGAUCAUGAUACUGAAAACGUCAUCCAAUCCAUCACACCUUAAGCUUGAGCUGAAAUUUCAAUUGCAUUUCUUUGCUUGAACAGUGACUACAGAAACUCAGGGAGUGCAGAAACUUCAUUUUCCUCUUACUGCUUUAACUCUCAUGACAAUUAGCUAUCCUCUACACUUAUGAAUUAAAAUAUCUCUUGUGCUUCCAUUCCAAAGUGAAUUGAAGGUAUCCCCUAUUUGAGCCAUCAUCUGGCUGGGCUCUCCAAUGGAUUGAAACCCAGCUAUUCUUGACAUUUGCACAGAGGCUACCUGCUUGGACAAGUAGUCAAGGCAGCCAUUUCAUAUAUUCCUUCAAUGCAUCAGCUGCUUUACACUUUACAAGAUUACUACAGAGCAGUGAAGGAACAAAAGUUGAACCCUCAAAAGAAAUUCGGAUUAGCAGAACAAAUGUAAAAUGACCUGUCUCCCUGCCAGUGAGGGCCAUGACAACAAUGAUAAAUGGGAAAAAAAAUCUCUCUUAGACAUUACUUUCUUUUUUUCCUGCAAAGGGAGCAUAGUCACAAUUGUCCGGGCAUCUUGGCAUUGGAUCAGACUUCUUUCAGAAAUGAUUCAGAGAGUCCAGGUGAAUCUAGAGACCAAGUAACACUGUGUUCAUUGAGUGGCCUUAGGAUGCCUUUCCAGCCAGGU